AUGGGUUCCACAGAAACCAACUUGAUCAUCCUUGUUUCUCUUGUGGCUGCAUUGGCCUCAUCAGCACCCGUGGCUGAGCCAAGACCUCUCAUUACCAACCCAUCCGCCGUGUCGUCGCCUCUCGCGUUGCGGCUGAAGCUAGAGGGUUCAAGCUGCUGGGAAUCAUUGUUCCAACUUCAAGCAUGCACCGGCGAAAUCAUCAUGUUUUUCCUCAACGGGGAGACAUACUUAGGCCAAGAUUGUUGCGAAGCGAUUAGGGUUGUUGGACAUGAUUGUUGGCCUAAUGUUGUUGGAUCACUAGGUUUUACCGAUGAAGAGACUGAUAUUUUGCAAGGUUUUUGUGAUGGGGAGGUUUCUCAUGCUCCUCCACCAGCAAUAGUUUCAUAA